UGACGGUUCCAGUUGUAUUGCCUUUGGGUUUUACAUAUUUUAGUGUCACUGUGCAACUUUAGGUAGUUUAAUUCCUCGAACUCUGGAAGCGUGUGGACCAAAACACAACUUGUCUUUUGCAAAUACAUAUGCCGUUUUAUUUCCAGGAUAAACAAAGUGAUAGGUUUUUGUAAACGCAUUUUCAUUAUAAAUGUAUGGACAUCAAAAUUUUGUUCAGUUAUUUUUUUAUCCAGCGAUGUUUUCGAAGUUAAUUUUGCAACAUGUCCGUUUUAGAAAAGAGCUUUGCAGCUUUAAACUUUCAACCUUUACAUCUUCUCGAAUUCCGUGCAUUGAGAAAAAGUCUGCCAGCGGUGAAUGUAUAAGCCGGCGAACUCGGGAAAGUCAAGUUGCUUUUCGAUGCCUGGGUACCAGCGUUUCACACAACGAAAAACAUUACCUCACAACUCCGAUCUUUUACGUCAACGCCGGGCCACACAUUGGUCACCUGUAUUCGGCGGUUCUUGCGGAUUGUCUCUGUCGCUAUAAACGGUUACGUGGCUUCAAGUCCAAAUUUUCCACAGGAACAGAUGAGCAUGGCCUGAAAAUACAACAAGCUGCAGCAGAUGCAGGGAAAGACCCGUUGGUGUUUUGUACAGAGGUGUCUGAAUCAUUUAAAGAUUUGUUCAAGACCUUCAACAUUUCCUAUACAGAUUAUGUAAGAACAACUGAAGAAAGACAUCUAAGAGCCGUUUCGCACUUUUGGAAGAUCCUGUUUGAUAAAGGUUUUAUUUAUAAAGGAUCAUACGAAGGCUGGUAUUCCAUUCCUGAUGAAAGUUUCCUCACAGAAUCCCAGAUUACCAGUAGUCAUGAUAAAAAUGGAAAUCCAAUCAAGGUUUCAUUGGAAAGUGGUCAUCAGGUGGAGUGGAUGAAAGAGGAAAAUUAUAUGUUCCGUCUCUCAGAAUUUAGAAUCUCGUUGAUUCACUGGCUCCAGGAACAUCCCAGAGUCAUUCAGCCAGAAAGAUUCCAUCAUAUUGUCCUCCGUUGGCUUGAGGAAGACCUUCCAGACCUUUCUGUAUCUCGCCAAAGAAGCCGUCUAAACUGGGGUAUCGAAGUUCCUGGAGAUCCUGAGCAAACUAUUUAUGUUUGGCUUGAUGCUUUGAUAAAUUACCUCACUGUAGCUGGAUAUCCUGAAGAACAUGCAGACUGGAGUGGGGUCACUUAUCAUGUGGUAGGCAAAGACAUUCUAAAGUUCCAUGCUAUUUACUGGCCAGCUUUUUUAAUAGCAUCUGGCUUACCUCUUCCUCAGGCAAUAUAUGUGCAUUCUCACUGGACAGCUAAUGGACUAAAAAUGUCUAAAAGUCUAGGGAACGUAGUCAACCCACAUGAAAAGUCCCAAAGGUUUACAGUUGAUGGUCUAAGAUAUUUUCUUCUAAGACAAGGAGUCCCAGAUACAGACUGUGACUAUUAUGAUGAUAAGAUUGUCAAGCUGCUUAAUUCUGAGCUUGCUGAUUCUUUAGGGGGACUUUUAAACCGUUGCACAGCUGUUAAUAUGAAUCCUGAACAAACAUAUCCUUCGUUUUGUACCACCUGCUUCCCUGAACUUACAUCAACUGCUUCAUGUAACAGAAGGACUUCCAUGGAGGAUUACCACCUUAUAAAACUUGUGUCUCAUCUUCCGGCAGAGGUGGAGCAUCACUUCGAAAAUUUCAGAAUUUAUAAAGGACUGGAGGCCAUCAAUCAGUGCGUGAGACUAACCAAUGGAUUUGUCCAGAGACAUGCCCCAUGGAAGCUGAACAGAAAUGAUGAGCAUGACCUUCGUUGGCUCAACACCAUUUUGCAUGUUUCUUUGGAGUGUUUACGUGUGUUUGGAAUUCUGUUGCAACCAGUCAUUCCUGUGUUGGCUGAUAGACUAUUAGACAGGCUUUCUGUAGAAAGUAGUGAAAGAACCUGGGAUGAUCUCGCAUUUCUAAGAAAGUAUAAGGGGGGCUACUGUCCCUUUGAAGGACGUGCGUUGGGUCCAGAUACUGGAGUGCUUUUUUGUCGGCUGGACAGAUUAGAAGCCAUGAAAACGUCCAUGAAAAGUAAAAAGUACUGAUCAGAUAUAUACUGUAGUCAUUGAAUUUUUUACAACCAGUUUACAUGACAUUUUUUGUUAAUAUAGUGUAGUCUUAAAUGCACAAUGGAGGUCUGAAACUUGAAAGCGAAUGACCUAUUAGUCAUGCUGGACUUAACACUGUCAUAUAGAAUUGUGAACCCUGUCAAUAUACAGCACUCUGGGAGGCAAAACAGUAGAGCUGGUUAUACUAUUGACUCUUGAAAAUGUACUAAAUACAUAUAGUCAUACAUUGGCUAAAGAAAUGUUUUAGAUGCAAUGGGUUAAAAAAUCUUAAAUAUAUUUGCUAAAAGAUAAGUAAAACAAGUGUCUAGCAGGAUGGUAAGAUUGUUCUCAAACAUUGGCAAAGCCUGCAUGUCCAAUCCAUGCCUUGAAAUGUUUCUAGUGACAUUUCUGGCUUACCAAAUCUACAGAAAUUAUAUAGAGUUUACAACUUUAAGCAGUAAUUACAGUCUCCAAACCCCAGGAGGUUUUGAUUUCAAUAGACAGCCUAAUGGUUAGCUUCCAUUUCACUUCAUAUUGGUAACGGUUGCUGUUCAAAACAGCAAAGUAUACAUAAUGAAACAAGAAAAUUAAAAUGAACGGUUUGGGAAUUUUAUGGGUUCAAAGCAUGACUGAGCAGUUUGUUGACCCCUUAGGAUGACUGCUGGCAUUUCAAGCCUAAAGUAAAGGGUAAUUUAAUAUCUUUGUAGUCCUUUUACCACACAACGUCAUACAGUCAUCAACACCCUCCUAUACCUCAACCUGCAUCGCUGUCGCAUACAGCUGUUUUUGUGCCUACACAUUGUCUGCAGUGAAUUUACUAGUGUCUCUGAAUCCAGAAUAAUAGCAAGACAACAGAGGGGAAAGGUGUACUUUUUAGGCAAAAUAAAGAAUGGACUAAGGAAUAAAAAAUAUUAAAUGAACAAAAUGAAACACAAGAUGCUGCUGCCUGUCUGGGACUUCUUCUAUGUACCAGGAUAAUGCUGGCCCCAUUUCCAACCUCUUAUACUCUUUAAACACUCCUUCCUCUCACACCCUAACAUUUUAUAAUCUAGCCUAAAUUUUUAUGCUAAUCAGGUGAUUUCUGCAGACUCGACAUUCAGACCCUAGUGGUUAGGCUGAUUUGGGAUGAGGUCACUUCUGCAUAACCUCUGGGACCAUGAGCAGUUUUCCUAAAGUCCUGAUGCCACCCUGAAGCUUCCUCGAAAAUCCCAAGCCUCACAGGCAAAACUCAGCCUAUUCAGUAUAUGAAACAGCACUGCCCUUCCAAGUCAAUGUGCCCACUAGUGUCCAGGAAAGGUUCCUGUCACUGACAUUUCUCCCUUAUCUUCCUUUUCCUUGUUCUCCCAUCUCUUCUGAAAACUAUUAAAAGAUUGAGGGUGAGGUGUUCUCUGCAUUGAGUUGCCAGUUCACUAGCAUUCUGAUUCAGAGUAUUGUUUGCUCCAGCUUUGCAUGCUUCUCUUAUUGUAGGUUUCUCCAUUUGAUUUGUCUGAUCUACU